UUUCCCGUUCUGUCUUCUGUUCAUGGUCUUCCCCUCGCCUCCCUUUUUAUUACGAGAAACGAGCCCUUCGCCCUUCGGCCUCCCCUCACCGCGAUUUCUCGCUGCUUUAUUGCGACGGAGAUGAGAUCACCGCCGGCCUCGAUUCUGAAUCCCCAAAUCUCGAUCCGCUUAUUCUUGAUUUGGUCACGGAAUGAGAUCUGAGAACCAAACUCGGGUGUUUGUUGAAAUCUUACUUUGAAUUCAUUUCUUGGAGCGUCGGAAAGAGAAGUGGAAUUAGGACGGUGAGGAGGAAGAGGAGAUUAGGGCUUUGAUCUGCGGAAGCUGAGGACGGAGGAUGGACGGCAAGGGGUGGGAGAGGGUGCGCAUGGCGCGGCUGGGCGGGUCAAGCCCGUCAAGGGGCCGAGAGGCCGCACAGCUCCGGCAGGUGUCUUCCCAGACGGUGAGGCUCGGCCGGGUGCAGCCCCAGGCCCCUAGCCACCGAACCAUCUACUGCAACGACCGCGAGGCCAACCUCCUGGCUAGAUUCAAGGUUAAUUCUGUAUCAACGACGAAAUACAAUAUUUUGACAUUUCUACCAAAGGGGUUAUUUGAACAGUUCAGGCGGGUUGCUAAUCUGUAUUUUCUCAUGAUUUCAAUCUUAUCUACUACACCAAUCAGUCCAGUGUCUCCUGUAACCAAUGUGGUGCCUCUUAGUCUAGUUCUUUUGGUCUCCCUUAUUAAGGAGGCAUUUGAAGAUUGGAAGCGUUUCCAAAAUGAUAUUGCAAUCAAUAGUACUCCAGUUGAUGUGCUGCAAGGUGAAAAUUGGGAAACUGUUAGUUGGAGAAAGCUGCAAGUUGGCGACAUUAUUAGGGUCAAACAAGAUGAAUUUUUUCCUGCUGAUUUGUUGUUCCUAGCUAGUACAAAUCCUGAUGGAGUCUGCUACAUCGAGACUGCAAAUCUGGAUGGGGAAACCAAUUUGAAGAUAAGAAAAGCUUUAGAAAGAACAUGGGAUUAUGUGUUUCCUGAGAAAGCUUCUGAGUUUAAAGGGGAAAUACAGUGCGAGCAACCAAACAAUUCACUGUACACCUUUACUGGAAACCUUAUUGUUGAAAACCAGACGUUACCUCUCUCUCCAAAUCAAAUUCUACUUAGAGGUUGCAGCCUUCGAAACACAGUACAUAUUGUCGGGGCUGUGAUUUUUACUGGUCAUGAAACAAAGGUUAUGAUGAACUCUAUGAGUGUCCCUUCAAAACGAAGUACAUUGGAGAGGAAACUUGAUAAACUUAUACUUGCUCUCUUUGGUGGUUUGUUUUUCAUGUGUCUUAUUGGAGCCAUUGGAAGUGGAGUCUUUAUCAAUCGCAAAUACUACUACCUUGGACUUUUUGAAGAUGUGGAGCAGCAGUUUAACCCUAGCAAUAGAUUUGUGGUCUCAAUUCUGACUAUGUUCACACUAAUAACAUUGUACUCAACUAUCAUUCCCAUUUCUCUUUAUGUUUCCAUUGAGAUGAUCAAGUUCAUUCAGUGUGCUCAGUUUAUCAACAAAGAUUUGCGUAUGUAUCAUGCUGAAACUAAUACCCCUGCAUUGGCACGGACAUCAAAUUUGAAUGAGGAACUUGGGCAGGUGGAGUACAUAUUCUCUGACAAAACAGGAACAUUAACUAGGAAUCUGAUGGAAUUUUUCAAGUGUUCGAUUGGUGGUGUGUCAUAUGGAGUAGGUAUUACUGAAAUUGAAAGAGGGCAAGCACAGCGGGAAGGGAGAGCAUUGAAUGAGAUUCAAAAGUCAGACACAGUGGUUUAUGAAAAAGGUUUCAACUUUGACGAUGAUAGGAUCAUGCGUGGUGCUUGGAGGAACGAACGUGAUCCUGAGAUAUUCAAGGAAUUUUUUAGAUGUCUCGCGUUGUGUCAUACUGUUCUCCCAGAAGGUGAUGAAUCUCCUGAAAAAAUUGUUUAUCAAGCUGCAUCACCGGAUGAGGCUGCUCUUGUAACUGCUGCUAAGCACUUUGGGUUUUUCUUUUACAGGCGUACGCCAACUACUGUUCAGCUACGUGAAUCACAUGUUGAAAAGAUGGGAAAUAUACAGGAUGUAUCCUAUGAAAUCUUAAAUGUCCUAGAGUUUAAUAGUACAAGAAAGCGCCAAUCAGUAGUGUGUCGCUAUCCAAACGGAAGGCUUGUUCUCUAUUGUAAGGGUGCUGAUAAUGUCAUAUAUGAAAGAUUGGCUGGUACCAAUCAAGAUAUUAAAAGAUUAACCAGGGAGCACUUGGAACAGUUUGGUUCAUCCGGUUUACGUACGCUUUGCCUUGCUUAUAGGGAUUUGACAAUUGAUACUUAUGAAAACUGGAAUGAGAAAUUUGUUCAAGCAAAAUCUUCUCUAAGAGACAGAGAGAAGAAACUCGAUGAGGUGGCAGAGAUGAUAGAAAAGGAUCUUAUUCUGAUAGGGAGCACUGCUAUUGAAGAUAAGCUUCAAGAAGGUGUUCCAGAUUGCAUUGAUACUUUGUCCAGAGCUGGAAUAAAGAUCUGGGUUCUGACAGGGGAUAAAAUGGAAACUGCAAUAAACAUAGCAUAUGCAUGCAACCUGAUCAAUAAUGAUAUGAAACAACUCAUUAUCACUUCAGAAACUGAUGCAAUUAGAGAGGCUGAGGAGAAGGGUGAUCCUGUGGAGAUUUCACGGGUUAUUAGGGACUCAGUGAGUCAUGAUCUCAAACGAUGUCUUGAAGAGGCCCAGCAGGACCUUCACAUUUUUGGACAAAAAUUGGCACUUGUAAUUGAUGGCAAAUGUUUAAUGUAUGCGCUGGAUCCAAGUUUUCGUGUCGAUCUGCUAAAGCUAAGCUUGAAUUGUAGUUCCGUAGUCUGCUGUCGUGUUUCUCCACUUCAAAAGGCACAGGUCACUAGUUUGGUCAAGAAAGGAGCACGCAGAAUAACUCUUAGUAUUGGUGAUGGUGCAAAUGAUGUUAGUAUGAUUCAGGCUGCUCAUGUUGGUGUUGGUAUAAGUGGUUUGGAAGGAAUGCAAGCUGUAAUGGCUAGUGACUUUGCCAUCGCUCAGUUUCGCUUCCUUAAAGAUCUCUUGCUUGUGCAUGGAAGAUGGUCAUAUAUCAGAUUAUGCAAGGUCAUUACUUAUUUUUUCUACAAGAAUCUUACGUUCACGCUGACUCAAUUUUGGUUCACCUUUCAUACUGGCUUCUCUGGCCAGAGAUUUUAUGAUGAUUGGUUUCAGUCAUUAUACAAUGUCAUUUUUACAGCACUUCCUGUAAUCAUUCUUGGACUCUUUGACAAGGAUGUAAGUGCUUCCCUAGCAAAGAAAUAUCCGCAGCUCUAUAAGGAAGGAAUUAGAAAUACCUAUUUCAAGUGGGCAGUUGUGGGUGUAUGGGCUUUCUUUGCUUUCUACCAGUCUUUGAUCUUCUAUUACUUCACAACUACUGCAAGUGAGAAUGGCCAUAAUUCUUCAGGAAAGAUUUUUGGUCUAUGGGAUGUCAGCACAAUGGCCUUCACUUGUGUUGUUAUAACUGUCAACUUGCGUCUUCUUAUGGCAUGCAAUUCAAUUACAAGGUGGCACCAUCUUAGUAUUUCAGGAAGCAUUUUGGCUUGGUUUGUUUUUAUUUUUAUAUACUCUGGAGUGAUGACCCCUAAUGACAGACAAGAAAAUGUGUAUUUCACAAUAUAUGUGCUGAUGAGCACAUUUUAUUUCUACCUUACCCUUCUACUGGUCCCCAUCGUCGCACUUUUUGGUGACUUCUUAUACCUGGGGUUACAAAGAUGGUUUUUUCCUUACAACUAUCAAAUUGUUCAAGAGAUUCACAGAGAUGAGGUAGACAGCAUCAGCAGGACAGAGUUCCUGGAAAUUGGGAACCAUCUGACACCAGAUGAAGCCAGAAGUUAUGCUAUCGCUCAGCUUCCAAGAGAAAAAUCUAAGCACACCGGCUUUGCUUUUGACUCACCAGGUUACGAAUCAUUCUUUGCUUCACAGGCUGGUGUUUAUGUGCCACAGAAGGCAUGGGACGUAGCCCGUCGAGCCAGUGUACGGUCAUCAAAAAGAACAUCUCAAAGAUAAUUAAUUAUUCUUUAGCAUUGUACAUUUGUACCUCAUUAUUUUAUGGUUUGUAAAUCUUUUCCUUUUACGUUUUUGUUACCCUCAUCAUAUAUUAUGUUAGAAACAACAUUAUAUCUCGUAGAAUGAUUAAUUGAAUCUGAAGGAUGCUGCUGAACGUGCAUAUUCCUUCAGAGUUUUGUCACCUAUAAUUGCUUGCGUAAUAUUCAAAAAAAUUAUUUUAUUUUUGUA